AGCUGAUCCAUGGAUUUUCAACCGUGCGAACAUCUACCAGAGGACUCCUUGUGACACUACCGUGUCCACCGAAAUUUAACAUGCUAAAUUCGCCUCGUGCGUGGACAAUGCACGAACCGGGGUUCCACAGUGUCAAGCCAUACAUAAUAACUGGCAGCAUGGUAUAAAGAUCUCACCACAUUCGUGCAGGAAAGGAAACAUAACUCGACCUUUCAUUCAUUCACAAGAAAACUUGACAAAAAAUGUCAUUUGCCUUUCCUGGUGGUCGUGCUCCGCGCACUCCAGCUGCUACGCUGCACCCAGGUCCCGCACAGUCUCUUCUGGACCAUCCACAAGGCCACCAGGGUCGUGUACUAACUUGGCCCCUUCUUUUCCCCUCAAAGACCGGACGUCAAAACGAUCCCGCGCUUGCAAGUGGUAACCAUCGUGCAAAAUCACGUCACACCACCGGUAACAAUCACCAAUCUGAGGUUCAUAAGCAUAUCCAACAGCCGCCCAUUCACCCGUCAUCUCCUGACCCACAGCUUCACCCGAUGUUGAGGGACACUUCAUUGACCAAUGCUGUGACGGUUGCGGGGCGAGGUAGCACGGAGUUUCGCUGGUACCCAGUAUGGGUUAUCGCGAUUAAGAAUUGGAUGUUUCCCAAUUCUAAUACCGAUACAGUGGCGUGCAACCUGGCACCGCAAUACGCCCUGGAGUACACUCCAAAACCUGCAAUGGUUCCCGCAUCCGACACGUUGAAAAGGGUGAUUCUGUUGGUGGAGAACAAGCCAAAAAUGACUCAACAGGAGGUUAUCGAUGGGCUGUCGCCCUUCCAGGCUGACACGAAACAGAUUUACAAGCAAGCGGUUUAUGCGUUCUUGGCCGACCCCAGCCUUCAUGUGAUCGGUGUUAUCCUCGCAUAUGGUACACGUUGGAGGUAUACCGAGAUGUACCGACCGCUGGAUGCUGUUCUGCAUGCAUGGAUAGAGACCGGGGACACGACGUACCGUAAACGCAAGGGACGGAUAGUAGAUGGCGUGCCAGCUGAAUUGGAGGAGCUGAGCGGCAUGACCGACCAAUCUUUUGAGCUGCUAGACAAAACAGGACGGUCAGCACGGGCUUUCGAGAUUAUAGCACGCCGAAUUAGGAGCCGGGAGAGGAAGAUGUGGAAUUUAUGA